CAUGACUCUUACCCUACGCACGAGAGGAGCAUAUACCGAAACAACGAAAACCAGAUUACCAAACAAACUCAAAUGGCAUCAACAACAUUACUACCGAUUAGCCAAGGACCGAGAGUUGUCGUUUAUCAUCAAACGAUUCAUCACGAUGGGAAAUACGUGUCUCUGUUGCCGCUCAUUACCAACCAGACGGGCGUUACGCAUGUAAUAGUGGCGGCUAUACAUCUUAAUGAGGGACCGGGUAACAUCACUUUGAAUGAUGAUCCUCCGAACACUUCCAAAUAUGAUACGUUGUGGGGAGAAGUGGCAUGGUUGCAGGCGUCUGGUGUCAAGGUGUUGGGUAUGCUUGGAGGAGCAGCAAAAGGCAGUUUCGAAAGACUGGAUGGACCUGAUCAACAGAAGUUUGAAGACUACUACAAACCAUUACAUGCGCUGAUAUCUAAACACAACCUCUCAGGCUUGGACUUGGAUGUCGAAGAACACAUGACAAUCACAGGAGUCAUUCGAUUGAUAAACCGUCUACGUGCAGACUUUGGAACUGCCUUUCUCAUCACCCUGGCACCUGUGGCUACAGCAUUACUCCCUAACCAACCCCAUCUAUCAGGUUUCGAUUACAGACUCUUGGAGCAAAUGUGUGGCAAUCAGAUUGCAUGGUACAAUACACAAUUCUACUGCGGAUGGGGUGACGCAACAACGACAUUCUGGUACGAUGCCAUCAUGAGCGUAGGAUGGCCUGCAAACAAGGUAGUCGUGGGACUUGUCACAAACCCAGGAAACGGAGCAGGAUAUGUGGAGCAAAGCACUGCUUACGAUGUCAUGAGGAUGCUGAGAGCAAAGUACCCGACAUUUGGCGGUGUGAUGGGUUGGGAGUAUUUCAACUCGAUGCCUGGAGAGCAUGGUCAGCCAUGGCACUGGGCUGCGGGUAUGGCGAGAGCAAUUAGACAUGCAUUGCCGCCGUCGGAUCAGAUGCAGGGUGGAAGGGGCGUGGAAAGGCCCGGUGCAGGCGGCUUACCCCCAACGAUACCAGUGCCCGCUCACUCUUUCCCGGCGCAAGAUAUCGAGACGCUGCAGAACUUGGGAUUCUCAAGUCAGCAAGCGAUUGCGGCACUCAACGCGACAAGCGGCAACGUGGAAUACGCCGCAGGACUGCUGUUUGAGUACUGAAACACACAUACUGUACAUGAUGAUUAUAGAUGCUAGCAUUAAAGACGGACACGGAUGGCAUGAGUAGAAGAAGAUUCAUUGCGAGUAAAGAAGCCUAUCAAGAAGACGCCCCCCCCCCCCCCCCCCCCC